GGAAUCGAAGAUAAUCCGUGGAUACCUAAAAAUGAGUUGAAAAAUAUUAUCAGACGAGCUAUAGCAUUUGUGGAAAAACGUUCCUCAUAUAAGAAUGCCCUUUCCGACAUUCUAGUUGAGUUCGAAAUCUCCUACAAAACCGUCUAUAGCUUACAUAAAAUAGGAGCGGUAAAAAUUAAUGAAGAAGGGCCUCUUAAUCCGAACCAAAUCCAAAAAAAUAUUAAUGCACUAAAGGGUAGACUUACCCAUGGUACAGCACUACUUAAGAAGAAUAUGGCAGUACUUUACGAGAAAUUACUUUUCGGUGUCAAUCAGGUUCCUAUCUCUCAGUUGAACUGGAAAAACCCUCUUGCGAGCAAAGUGAUAAGCGAUGAUUCAGAUCUGGUACAACAAUUACCAGUUCGUCAAAAGAAACUUUUUAUGAAACCAAAAGAUAAUAUGGUCCCUUCGUCACUUUCACAAAUUAUACGAGAUAAAUGCAAUGAAUUCGUAGAAGACUUUGUCGAUGAAGAUAUGGAUAUUUUACCAAGAAAACUUAAGCAUGAUGGAUCAUGGAAAGAACCGGAUGAGAAGCUUUUAGAGGUUGCAUCAGGAAUUUUGCAUACUCUUAAUGAUGCAUGGAACAAUCCUGCAUUCAGCCCUGAGUUUGCAAAAUUGCAAAGCGAAGGUACUUACGUGACCAAUAUAAUAGUACCUGCCAUUCGGGCUUCAUUAAAGGAUCUUCCUUUUGGAAAAUCUACCUUUAUUAGCACUGCAGAACUUCAAAGUUCUGCCAGUGCAGAUAGACGAGGUGAAAAACGAGGAAGACGGCCCGAUAUUAUGUUUGUGAAAGAUAAAGACGAUGAAAUAAAGCUAUGGCGUGAAGCUAACGACGGAAUGUACUGGGCUCACAAAUCAACUAAGCCUGAUCAUGAUGAAUUUGGAAUCGUCGCGAUCCAAGUAGCAGGAUCAAUAAUGCGAUUAAACGUUCUUAUUAGGGAUGUG